AUGCUGCCCACACCGGACACCUCGCAUGUCUCUUUCGACACUAUCUAUGAGCCCGCCGAGGACUCAUACCUCUUCCUGGACACACUAUCUUCAGAAUCCGAGUCCAAAUGGCUAUCUGAACGCUUCAAAAAAUCCACCAGCCCAUCACCAGACUCAUCAUUCAACUCAGUACCUCUGGUCGUGGAGGCAGGUACUGGAUCUGGUGUGGUCCUAGCUUUCGCAGCCGCGCAAUCACAACAUAUCUUCGGGCGACAGGACAUCCUCACAUUGGGGAUAGACGUGAACCGGAAUGCUUGCAUAGCAACCCGAGAAACCGUUGCAUCAGCUAUCAAGACAGUGCAAAAAGAAUCAAGCACAUCUGGUGCAAACUCAAAUCUGCAUACAGUCCAUGCCUCUUCCAUAACCAGUGACCUCUGCACGGCACUGCGCCCUGGAAGCGUCGACGUCCUUCUUUUCAACCCACCCUAUGUUCCAACAGAAGAGCUGCCUCGUCUACCUACCGAGUCAGAGAAUGAUCCCACAGCAUCACAAUCCAUGUCUCGCUCUGCAAAGUUUGAGAGCGACUCAUACUUCUUGUCCCUGACGUAUGCGGGCGGUGCAGAUGGCAUGGAGACGACGAACCGGUUACUGGAGGCUAUUCCUGGCAUUUUGUCUGCUCGUGGUGUGGCAUAUGUGCUUCUUUGCAAACAGAAUCGACCUGAAGAGGUCAAGGAGUGCAUUCGUGCUUGGGGUGGAUGGAAUGCUGAGACCGUUGGGUCAAGUGGUAUGCAGGCAGGAUGGGAGAAGCUGGUCAUUGUUCGGAUUUGGAGGCAAGAUGCUUCUUAG